CGGCGUCUUCCUUGGCUUUCUCCCCACCCUUCGCCCUCAUUCUCCCUUUCUUCCUCCUUAGGCUUUUUAAUUAGGCCAUAUUAAUUUUUUUUCAUGUGCAAUAUGGAGCUCCAUAUAUAUAUGGAAUUAGGACAUCUAAUCGGGAUUAAUAGAUCGACGUUUUCUUUUUCUAUGAUUUUCCUUCCUUUUUAAACUUUUUUUAAAAUAAAACAAAAACCUAUAGAAAUCCCCGAGCGCGCUGCGCCAUGCGCCUUUACGCAGGGUCGCCCCCUUCGGUGUUUUUCCCUGCGGGUGCUUCUGUGCCCCAGCCGGUGGCGUGGAGCGAGGCCCGGAGGAGCCUCUCCAGGGGCUUCGCCUCGGGCCGGGCAGCAUGAGAGGCCUCGGAGAAGAGUCCUCCGCUCCGCGGCGCUCGUGCGCUCUUCUGCGGGCCCUUGUCGGGCGGCGCGCGCCUCCGCUCGCGGUCUGAGCCGCCCCGACGGAGUUGUGUCUAGGAGCGCCGGCCGCUUUCGCCUGCCUGCCGAGGGAGAGACGCGGCCAGCCCAACCCCCCACCCACCCGCCUGGGCGACCGGGAGACUCGCGACGACGCUGCCUGGCUGCUGCAGGGAGCCCAAGGCGAUGCCCGACGCGCUCCUUUCCCAGCGGAGGAGGACACGAUUAUGUCCACUGACCAGUUUAACAGUACAACACUGAAGGAUGCUCAGUUGAAAGACCUGGUUGUGGAAGGAGCUGAACUAGAGUUUGUUCAGAUCAUCAUCAUAAUCGUGGUUAUAACUGUUAUGAUAGUGGUGAUCAUCUGCUUGUUGAACCAUUAUAAAGUGUCAACACGGUCAUUCAUCAGUCGGCAGAGCCAAAGCAGGAGGCAAGAAGAAUCUUUACAACCGGAGGGGUGUUUGUGGCCUUCUGACAGCUCUUCACGUCGGGGAGCUUCCGAGAUCAUGUAUGCCCCACGGUCCAGAGACAGGUUUACUGCUCCAUCCUUUAUGCAGAGGGAACAUUUCAGCCGCUUCCAGCCAACCUACCCGUACAUGCAGCACGAGAUUGACCUCCCUCCUACGAUCUCCCUCUCCGAUGGUGAAGAGCCGCCCCCAUACCAAGGGCCAUGCACUCUGCAGCUUCGGGACCCAGAACAACAGAUGGAACUCAACAGAGAAUCUGUGAGGGCACCACCCAACAGAACUAUAUUUGACAGCGACUUGAUAGACAUUUCAAUGUACAAUGGGGGCCCGUGCCCACCAAGCAGCAAUUCGGGCAUAAGUGCAACCAAUUAUAGCAGUAAUGGAAGGAUGGAAGGACCACCCCCGACUUACAGUGAGGUCAUGGGGCAUUACCCAGGUUCCUCUUUUUUCCAUCACCAGCAAAGCAACGCACCUCCUUCGUCGCAUAGGGGGAGCAGACUUCAGUUUCAACAGAACAAUUCGGAGAGCACAAUAGUCCCAAUUAAAGGCAAAGACAGGAAACCAGGAAACCUUGUCUAGUUUCCUUUUCCAUAUGCACUUGAAGAGAGAUGGAAGAAUCAAGCAGGAGCAUGAUAGAGGUUUCUAUGCCCCUGUGCACAAUAUUGUUUUAAGUUUCAUGUGAUGCGGUUUCGUAAAACCAAACGUGCAAAGCUGUUGUUUCUGAUUCCUUUCAGGGGAAUUGCAUGAAAAGUGGUUUGAAACAACUACAACCUUCCAUUCAGUUUGGCCAUGAGCAGUGUUCUACUUUUCUUUUCUUUUUGGGGGUGGGUGGGGGAAUAUAUUAUUAUUAUUUUAAAUAAACUAUUUGAAUUUAUUUAAUUAUAAGAGGUAACUUAGCACAGAAAUAUGGCUUACACAGCCAGUUUUAUAUUGAGUGAAUGGCUAAAAGAAGAGGACAAGAAAGGGUUACUAGUUAAAUGGGGGCAAAAUUGGCCAGUUUGCUAUCCUUACCCCGCCCUCCCAGAAGUGUGAAUUUUUUAUCUGACUCAGCAUUUCUGUUUUGUGUGCCAAGGUAUAAAGUUAGGGAAAAAACUAGAUGAAUACGAGGAGUUAAUUUGUGUUGUGAUACAAGUGUAUUAAAUUUGCACUAUAUGAGAACUGUUUUACAUGAAGUUCUUCUAUAUGUUGUCUUUUCACCUGUGGAAUAAUGAUUAGCCCCUAGGAACCCUCUUCAGAAAUUUGUCUAGGCUUCUGUUGAUUAAUCAUUGAAAGGGGACUUUGAUUUAAUCAGAUCUUUUACCAUUUUCCAUAAAUGAAUAAACAGCAAAAGACAUCUUAACAUGUUACCUUUUGCAAUAAUUUUUGCAUUCAAACGGGACAUUGGCAAGUUGUCUUAGAAAUUUAUGAGUGGAAGAAAGCAAAUGUGAAAUUACAGACGUUUCCUUUAGGUGGUUUUUGCUAUAAGCCAUUUGUUUAACUAGAAGCAGAUAAAAAUGCCAGAUGCAUUUACCUUUUUGUGUGUGAUUAUUACUAAAUCUUAUUGCUUGUCCCCCUCUUAAAAAAAAAAUGCAGUGUCCUUGUUACUUAAAGCUUCUGCAGAUUUUUAUCUUCACUGGAGCCCAUAAUCAGUUGCAUAGCCUGACAUCCUACAAUAAAUGGUUUAAACAUA